UUUAUACAUAAUUAUACUAAUCGUGCAGGCUUCUUAAAAUGUUUCAAUCGGCUCAGUCAAAUUGGUUUUGGACACUUUCACGCUGGUGAUUGGUCAUUGUUUACAGAUGGGGUUGAAUGAAAACCUAUUUUGUUAUUGAAACGAAAUGAAAAUUGUGAUUCCAAAACAACAUAUUCUGGUUUUUGGGCGAUUUAUUCACACAUUAGCGAAACUGAGAGACGAAAUAUCUUGUCACUGUUCUGAAGACAAAUUCACCCUCAAAUGUGUCAACUCAACUCAAACGUGUCUUGCAAUAUUCCAAUUGGACAAACAUUUUUUCUCAACAUUCGAAGUCGCAGUUGCCGAAGUCAAGUUAAAACUUCACUCUAAAUCCUUGUUGUAUGUGUUUAAAAAUCUGUAUAAUAUCGAAAAAUCGUGUGACAAAGUCGUGAUUAGUUAUGACCCGACUGUCGUUCAAGUUGAAGAUUGUUUACGAAUUGUGUUUCUGAAAGCGGAGGGAAUCGAGACUGUUUUUGACGUCAACUGUCUUGAAGAUGAAAAUGACAUCAAUCCGAAUCUUAGCUACAAUUCUGAAGAAGAGCUGAAUCAGAUUUUAUUCAACAAUUUUUCUGCCUCGUCGAAAUUGUUCAACGAAGUUAUUCAGAGUUUCUUUUCGGCCGAUGAACAAAUUGUACUUGAAGCGUGUCAAAGUGUGAUUCGACUGAAAAGUUACGUAACAAAUGGGAUCUCGCUGAGCGAACUGACCAAUAGGAAAGCGUCGUCGGGCAAAGAAGGCUGUACGCAGAUGGUUAUUUCUCAGCAAGAGCUCUUGUCGUAUAAUGUUCACUAUUUAGAAAGCUCAACUAAAACAGAGGUUUCUCAGAGAACUCACGAUUUAAAUAAGCUACCUAAUGGAGACUCAAAUUUAGCUGAUGCUACCACGCGAGUUUCGGACGAUGAAGUGUUGAGUGAAAUUGUGUUUAAUUUGAAGCAUUUCAAAGUGGCUCUCAGCUUACUGCAGAUUCUCAAUUUGGAAUUGAAUGUUAAUUUUGCACAUGCUGGAUUACCUUUCCGCGUGCUACUCUACCAGACCGGUCUCUUCAAAGGUCAGUUCUGGAUCUCAACCCUCAACAGCCCACUGGACAGAAAAACAACUUCAUUGCCACAGCAAAAACAGCCUAACAAAACAGCAGUUGGGACUAAUUUAACCAAUGCGAAUCAAGUUGAAAAGUCAGUUCGAGACAUUCCCGAUGAAUUUGCCAACGAUGAUGGACUUGAUGAUGAAUUGUUAUGCUCGCUUCCAAUCGAAACAAACAAUAACAACAACAUCAAACAGAAUCAACAAACAACCAGUCUUCAAAAAGAAGAAACAAGCAAGUCAAAUGAACAAACUCAAGAAGAUGGGAGAUCGUCUGAUGAUUCACAAAGUAGAAUUUCACAGCGGCGAGUAUCCCAUCUUCGUGCAUUUAAGCCAGUGAGCACUUCGUUCCAAGGAGAUGAAAAUAAGUCGAGUUCAACUAACGCCAGUCAGCAAAUUACAGUUGGUGCCAAACGAACAGCUGGCAAAGACUGUUUGGUCCACUUUGAAAAUGUAUCCACUCAAGAAACAGAUUCAGACAUGGUUAUUUUGCCAAAAUGUAUCCGAACUAUGACGAAUAAUGACACAAUUUUAUCCCAUGUCGAAAACAAUAGCAAUUUUGAAUUGAAAAAUAGUUCUCGUGAAAAUUUUACUGAAGCUGAAAACGUUGAUAUGUUGGAGCCAGAAGACAAUGAAAGUUCUCUGAUGGCAGAUAUUUUUGGUCCUUCAACUCUAUUGAGUCUGGAAGAUACAGAACCCGAUGAUGGAUUGCAGAGUGAAAACUUUGAGGCGACUGUGUUAGUUGAAGACAGUGAUGUUGAGUAACAUGUGUGUAGAUUUAGUUUUGUUUGUUGCUGAUCAAUUUCGUAAAAUUAAUAUAUCAAUAUGUGAAACAUCUGUAAAAAAUCUUUCA